AUGUCUGCAACUAUGAGAUUGAUUCAGUUACUGGUGAUCAUAUCAGUAGUAGCUUUGGCCAUCUCAAGAAGAGCGGUUGCAAGUGAUCCUGACAUCUCUUCCGAUUUCAUACUACCAGAAAACCACACCGGCACAACUGUUGAUGCCUCAUUCUUCACAUACACAGGGUUCCGCGGCUUAUUUGAUCAAACCCCCGAAAUCUUCACGGCAACAAAAGCAAGCAUGGACGAGUUCCCUGCUCUGAAAGGCCAAAGUGUGUCAUACGCCAUGCUUCAGUUCCCUCCCAACACAAUAUUCCCACCUCACACCCGCCUGGACUCUGCCGGACUUAUGUUAGUCCUUACUGGUUCUUUGGAAGUUGGACUAAUCGACUCGAAAAACGUUUUGUAUAUUAAAAAGCUUCAAGCUGGAGAUAUGUUUGUGUUUCCUAAGGGAUUGAUCCAUUAUCAGUAUAAUGCGGAUCCUAAUUUGCCAGCCACUGCUAUUGCAUCAUUUGGAAGCGCAAGCGCUAGAUCAGUUGCAGUUCCAGACUCUAUCUUCACCUCUGGAAUUCGUGAAGCCGUCUUGGCAAAAUCAUUCAAGACAGAUAUUAGUACUGUUAGGAAGAUCAGGGCUGGCCUAAAGAAUUAA